AGUUGCAAUCAAAAUCCAAUUUUGGAUUGUUCGGUUUCGUGUUGGCGACGAAGAAGAAACCCUAAGAAGUAGUUAAAUAAGUCCCUAAUACCUGUUUAUAAAAUCUCAACAAUUCCCUCUGAUUUUGACACCCUUUACGAUCAAUCAAUCAAAUUCCUUGGAACCCUAAUUGUCGUCUCCGAUUCACUUCUCCUGUCGUGUUGGGUAUUGUUUGUUUGUUGUUUUCAUGAGAACCCUGACCAGCCAUGGCCAAAAGUUUGUUCAAGCUUGAGCAUCCCGUGGAGAGGAGAUUAGCUGAAUCUGCUCGCAUAAGGGAGAAGUAUCCUGAUAGGAUUCCUGUGAUUGUGGAGAAGGCGGAAAGGAGUGAUGUUCCUGAUAUUGAUAAGAAAAAAUACCUUGUCCCAGCUGAUUUGUCUGUUGGACAAUUUGUUUAUGUUGUUCGGAAAAUUAUCAAGCUCAGUGCAGAAAAGGCUAUAUUUGUCUUUGUGAACAACACACUUCCUCCUACUGCUGCUUUGAUGUCUGCAAUUUAUGAGGAGAACAAGGAUGAAGAUGGCUUUCUUUACAUGACAUACAGUGGAGAAAACACCUUUGGUUGCUCUGACUAAAAUCAAUGGCAGCAAGCCAUGUAAUUACAAGUUAAGAGCUGUAUAUUCUCAGCUAAUCCCAUUUAAGUCAAAACUCUGAUCUUCAUGUCAAAGAUGAUUUCCGUUACUCUUAUUUGAAUUUUAUGCACAUUAUAUUAUAUUUGUAGUGUCUCUUUUCAGUAGUCACGUUCAGAUUGACAUUAAACGGAUCGUUUCAUAAUUAUUAGUUUUUCUCCAA